UGGAUGACGUUAAAGGUUGGAGACCGGACAGCCGCCGUCAGGAUGCUGGACUUUCAGACGAUUUCGGGAUCGGCCCCCGUGGCAGCGAGAAACUUUCCAGCCCCUAGACUAGUUCCUUCACAUCCCAAGUUAGGCAGAGUAUCAACAGUUCAGUUCAACUCCAGGGUUGGGUCAUGGGAGCAGGUCCCCCUUGGUCGUUGCAGUGCCCCCGGGGUGCCUACGGGUGAUGUCACGGCCUUCACUCUGAUGUCAGGUUAAGCGUAUGACGUCAUCCUCAGCCCCCCACCUCCCAGGCACCAGGGCCUUCUAGCUGACAAUCACGGCUUCCCUGAGUGGCGCCACUGUACGAACGGUAGGAUAAAAGGCCCCAGUCGGCUUAUCUGGGGACCGCGACUUCUUCCUGCUGGCUCCUCUUCCUCCAUCCCCCAUCAUUGCCGCAGGGGCCCGGGAGGGGCGGGCACGCCUCCGGCACCCUGCAGCCCCGCCCCGCCCCGCCCCCCGCCCUCGGGGCCAGGAAGCGGGGAAGGAACCGCCGGGGCCAUGGACGGGGCUGUGAUGGAGGGUCCGCUCUUUCUACAGAGUCAGCGCUUCGGGACCAAGGUAGCGUGUGCGUGUGUUUGUGUGUGGCGUGGGGGAUGGCCAAACCCCCUUGGACUAGAAGUCGGUGAAAGUAUCCAGAAAGUGGAAAGGGGCCGGAAGCAGAGGUGGAGGAAAACCUGGGCUGUGCUCUACCCAGCUAGUCCUCACGGCGUAGCGCGUCUGGAGUUCUUUGACCACAAGGGGUCGAGCUCUGGAGGGGGUCGAGGCGGCUCUCGCCGUCUGGACUGCAAGAUGAUCCGCCUGGCUGAGUGUGUGAGCGUGGCCCCUGUGUCAGUGGAGAGUCCCCCAGAACCCGGCGCCACUGCCUUCCGCUUGGACACCGCGCAGCGCUCGCACCUGCUGGCGGCGGACGCCCCGUCCAGCGCCGCCUGGGUGCAGACUUUAUGCAGAAACGCUUUUCCGAAAGGCGGCUGGGCUUUGGCGCAGACAGAGAGCCCACCUAAGUUUUCUGCCUUGGAGAUGCUGGAGAAUUCCCUGUACAGCCCCACCUGGGAAGGCUCCCAGUUCUGGGUAACCACGCAGAAGACUGAGGCUUCUGAACGCUGCAGCCUGCAAGGCUCCUAUAUACUGAGGGUGGAGGCUGAGAAGCUGACCCUCCUGACUUUGGGGGCCCAGAGUCAAAUCCUGGAGCCGCUCCUUUCCUGGCCCUACACUCUGUUGCGACGCUAUGGCCGGGACAAGGUAAUGUUCUCUUUUGAAGCGGGUCGCCGCUGCCCCUCUGGUCCCGGAACCUUCACCUUCCAGACUGCACAGGGAAAUGACAUCUUUCAGGCAGUUGAGGCUGCCAUCCAGAAGCAGAAAGCCCAAGGAAAGGUGGGACAGGGCCAAGACAUCCUCAGAACUGACUCCCAUGAAGGAGAGGCAGAGGGGAAGGUGGCUUCCCCUCCUGUUCCACAGGAGCCCCUGGGCAGCCCCCCAGCCCUGUAUGCCGAGCCUUUAGACUCCUUGCGAAUUCCCCCAGGCCCUUCUCAGGACUCUCUAUACUCAGACCCUCUGGGCAGCACCCCUGCUAGGGCAGGGGAGGGGCUGCAUUCAAAGAAACCUCUCUAUUGGGACUUGUAUGGGCAUGUGCAGCGGCAGUUGCUGAAAGCCAAGCUGACAGACUCCAAAGAGGACCCCAUCUAUGAUGAACCUGAGGGCCUGGCCCCAGCCCCUCCCCGGGGCCUUUACGAUCUACCUCAGGAGCCUAAGGAUGCGUGGUGGUGCCAGGCUCGGGUGAAGGAGGAGGGCUAUGAGCUCCCUUACAACCCUGCCACAGAUGACUAUGCUGUGCCACCUCCUCGAAGCUCCAAACCUGUUCCUGCUCCCAAGCCGCAGGUCUUCGUCCUUCCUGAGGCUGGUACCACAGGUGGCAGUGGCAGCAAGGGCCACAGCUCAGAUACGGCUCUGUACAGCCAGGUCCAGAAGAGUGGGACCUCGGGGGGUUGGGACUGUGGGCUUUCUAGAGUAGGGAAUGACAGGGCAGGGGUCAAGUCAGAGGGCUCCACCUGAGACAGUUGCUGAUAGGUUCAUGGGGCGGUGGCAUUGAAAACCAAACCAGUUAUAACCAGCAAGAACCAGAGGGUGGGAGGGGCCUAUUUAAGACUAGGGGACCAGAGGCAUCAAGGGAUGACAAGCCCCAGAACAAAGAAGGCUGAAAGAUAGGCUCUGGGGAGGGUCAGCCGUGCUCAUGGACUAGGCCUAUGGAAGGGGCCCACUGGUCAGAGUGGAGGCACUUUGGGGAGGCCAGUGUGGAUCCUUUCUCUUGUCUUGUUCUUUGCUAGAUGUGCUUUUAAUUUAUAAAACAAAUCUCAUUAAAGCCAGUUUGGGUUGAAAAA